GACUACUCAAAUACUCACUGCUCACAAGCAGAAGAAUCCCAAUGUGGGUGUGGGUGUUGUUGUUUUGUUAGGCGAAUUAAGCAUCUCGUUAAAUAUCACAGAUAAUUUUAGGUUAAUCAGGAAAAGCAUAAUUUGAAAUCUUAUGGACGUAGUAUAGGCAUUGUGACUUUGUGAGACAACAUAAAUCGAGCAAUGGACACCUUUUUGAAAACUGCGCUUGACGCGAAAAGCACGCCAAGCCCUGAGGCAAUCAAGGAGAUGACCGAAGGCCUUAGCAAGUGGAGACUUGGCUCAAAUGCAAAAUCUCCAGAAACGUUGCAGGAACUUGCCAUCUCCAAAAUCGUGAUUCAUCCCUACUUUAUGGAAUGGAAUUCCAAGUGCAUGUUCAACCAGAAACUCAACCCAUUUGCUGACUUGCCAUUUGGGAUUGUGGAUAAACUGGUGGCUUCAGUUACAGACAUUGUCACCAAAAAGAACGAUCCAUGUCCACUUGAUCCACUUGAUUAUUGCAAAAUUUAUUUUUUCCUCCUGCAAGUGCUCAACGACAAAGUACUGGAGCUGGAUUACGAGAAAUUCAAAAGUUCAGAAAUUCACUCAGAGGCAAUGUUCUUCAAGCACCUGCUGCAAAACUGUCCCAAGAUCCAAAAGGCAAAAGUUACUAGCAAUGUGUGGUAUAACUACUCGCUGCUUCCAAGGCUGUACAAUGAGGACAUCUUUGGCAUGAUGGCCUUCUCAUGGCCCAAUCUGACUUACCUAAGUGUUGAUGUGAUGCGCUCCAAUGCCAAUAAACAUGAACUGGAGGAAAGGAAGAUUCACCUGAUCAAAGCUGUUUGCCAACACUUGCCAAAUUUAUGUGUUCUUGAGAUCUCCAUGCAAAUGGAUGAAAUUGCUGUUGAAGAUGUCCAACUUUUGUCAGGAAUGCAAAAACUGAGGUGCCUGCGAUUCAGUUUUGGUUCGAACAGAUCUGAUUAUGGAAGGUUUGAUGCCAUUGUCCAUGCUGCUGGUCUUGUGCCAAACCUCGAGACUUUCAACAUGACAACUCCAGAGUAUUACAAAGAAUGUCACACUUGGUUCGUCAAGAAAUAUGCUGAGCUCUACCCACAGAAAAAUCUCACUCUAGAAUGCCAUUGGUUCAACAUCGGCGACAAAGAUGUAAUCACCACACCAUGGACAAAGUGUUUGCAAGUGGAAGAGUUGAACAUUUACGGAAAAGGAGAUGUCAAGAUUGGCAGUAUCAACAAAAGCUGUCUACCCCCUGCAGAUCCUUUGCUCACCCUAAACCUCAUUAUCCCUCCUGACAAAAUAAUUUACUUCCUCAAUGAACUGGGAGGAAAAAUUACUAGACUGACCAUACAAUGUUUAAAUCAUGCUGGCAAGGGCAAAGCUAACCAGCUGAGCAUCCACAGCUACAUCUUGGCCUGCCCUCGGCUGCAGCACUUUAGAGUUGAAUUCAGUAAUGGAACAAUUGACAGAUCCUCAUUCUUUAAGUUAACUGCCGAUAACUUCAAAAACCUCAAAAGCUUCAAUAUUCGUCACACCAAAUUUGAACAUGUUGAUGCCCAAAUCUCAAAAUUGUUCAAACUAUUUUUCCUCCAUUACCCAUCCAAUCUGAAGUCUCUGGUCGUUGAGAGUGCCUGUGAGUUGCGAGCCAUUGCUUGGGCCCUGAAGGAAGAGGCUCGAUGCUGCCUAGACAAACUGGAAGAGCUCGAAAUCAAGGGGAUUCCAAAUAAAGUUGGCCAAAGAGAUAUAGUAGAGGUGAUUGCCACGUUAAUGCAACGCUCACCGUAUUUGAAGAGAGUCAAGAUUUGCAUUCCCUACAGCACUUCUUUCUCUUUGCCAAAUUGGUUGAGGACUGUGGCCAGAUCAGUUGGCAUAACAGUUCUUGACACAUAUCCUGAAUACUCGGAUGAUGAAGAUGAUGAUGAUUAUGAUGACAUUGAUUCAGAUGUUGAUUACGAUUCUGAUGAUCCCAUGCAAUAUUUCAGUGCCACAUACGACUCAGACGGUGGUAUGCAAUUCGACGACAUCCAGAGCUACCUAAUUUGGAAGGACAGUUGGAAAGAUUAGUUUGAUCACAAAGGCUGAAUUAAUGGGUCAUAGAGAGAGCUCAUUUAUCAUUUAUUUUGUUCCAUUCCUGAUUCUACAAAUCAAAUAAAAGUCUUGAAUUUUGAUACUGAAUAUCUUC